AAACUUCGAAAUGCAGACUUUGUUCUUUUCGUAAUGGCAAAAGACGAUGGUUGUUCAAGCACGACACUAGCGUUUGCUGCACAUUGUUCAUUAGAACAAACUCCGAGAAGGCCUAUUGCCGGUUUCGUAAACAUAUGUCCGAAGCAAUUUAACAAAAUCAAAGCUGCUGAAAUUCAUCAAUGGGAAGCCACUGUUAAACACGAACUCGUACACGCCUUAGUGUUCUCCCCAACUCUCUUUCGACAUUUUCAAAAUAAAGCUUCUGCCCAGUCAAACGAAGGAGAUUCUAUGACAAUACCUGGAGUUAUCGAGCGUUUUACUCGAAACGACUGGGAAUGUGCUGGAGGAAUAGUAAGUUGA